AUGAUAUACACUAAUGGAUCUGAUUCUGUGUUGUCUAGCUAUUAUGAUCCUGAUUGGGCUGGAAGGCAACCUUACUUUUUCCAGAAAAACUCCAAAAAGUCACAACGUCAAGAUACACCUGCUUCUAAAAAUACUAAGUCUACUCCAAAAUUUAGUGUUCCUCCCAUAGGUGUCCCUGAUGAUGAGAUUCUGGAUGUUCCUCCUAUCUCUGUUAUUCCCGCCGCGGGCAUUGAUUUGAACCAACCCAUAUCCAUUGAUGCCUCCGCUUCUGCAUGUUACAAUAAAGGUAAUCCCUCUAGUAUUCCGUCUGGUUCAACUCCUGUCACUAAGUAUAAGGAAGGAACACACUAUACUGAUCGUGUUAUAAGAAACAUAGUUAGUAGAAUUCUUAAUGAAGGCCACUCUAUGAAGGGGGUUUCUUCUCCCCUUGCUCAAAUGUAUCCCCCUCCUGAGGUUGAACAACCUAGUGGUAAGGGUGAUGAUUCCUCCAGUUUUGAAAAGGCCUUGGCUGUUGAAGGGUUGCGCUCUCUAGGGAAAACCGUGUCUGACAAAGGGAAAUUUGUGGCCUCUAACACGGCUAAUGCUUCCUACUCUGAGAAGCAUGAUGAUGCAAAUGUUAUGAUUGAUCUAGAGGAUGGUAGCUUUGAUGAUCAAGAGGAAAGCUUGAUUCAUCACAUAAAUCCAAGUGUGGCUAAACGCAUGAAGACUCGCAAAGGAAUAUCUGUGGCUGAACUUAUAUCAGCUAGAGAAGCUAAGAAGACUGCUGUCAUUGGUCCCUCCAAACCAUGGAGCAAGGUUGAAAUAAAGAAGAGGAAGGUCAGAGAUGAUUCUGAGCCUGAAGAGGAUGUUGAGGAAGAUGUCCCUGACAUCUCGCCUGCGAAGAAAACUAUUGUUAGGAAGUUUCUUGUUAAAGUACCUAUUGUUCAUUUGGAUAACAUCUCCUUCCAUCUUGAGGAUGGAGCUGCUAAGUGGAAAAUUGUGAUUCAGAGAAGGGUAGUUGUGGAAAAGGAAUUGGGAAAAGAUGUUGCUGAUGUCAAGGAGGUCAUGGAUCUGAUACAAGCUGUUGGGCUUUUGAAGAUUGUUGUUGGGUUCUCUCAAUGCUACGAAGGUUUAGUCAAGGAAUUUAUUGUUAAUAUUCUUGAGGAUAUUUCUGAUAAGAACAUCAAGGAGUUCUGCAAGAUGUAUGUGAGAGGCAGAAAUAAUGAGGGUGCAGGAGAAUUAGAGGUUACAGACAAUGAGGUCUAUAGGGAGAUUACAGCUAAGCAGGUGAAAGUUUGUCCUUUUAAAAAGCAUCUUCCUGCUGGGAAGUUGACUAUCAAAUAUAUUUUUGAUCAAAUCAUCAAGCAUGCAACUACUAAUGCAGUUAAGCUGCCAAUUGCUUUUCCCUCUAUGAUCUGUGGAAUUAUCUUGAAUCAACAUCCUGGUAUACUGUGCUCAAAUGAUUUACCUAGUAGGAGAAAAACAGCUCUGUCUAUGCACUACAAACUCUUUGAAGGCAGUCAUGUCGAGGAUAUUGUCAUGACAUCUGCCAUGAGGAGGCCAGUUUCAAAAGAGCAGGCUGAGGGUGAAAAUGUUGAACAUGCUAAUGUCAGCCAUGAAGAAGAAGCUGAAGCCCACACGUCAAGUGAGAGAUUUGCUAAUAAUGAUGAUGCGAGUGGCAAUUCUGCUUCUGGUGCUGCUGAAGAGGCUACAAACUCAAGCUCUACUGAGUAG